AUGUCAACACUCAAUCAUCUCUUUGAUCUCCCGGAACAGAUAUGCUAUGUAGAAUGUGGUUUCUGCUCCACCAUUUUACUGGUAAGUGUGCCAUGUAGCAGCUUGUCCAUGGUGGUCACAGUCAGAUGCGGCCACUGCUCAGGCCUUUUAUCUGUCAACAUGACGAAUGCUUCUUUUGUUCCUCUCCAUCUUUUAGCCUCUCUUAACGAUGACAAGCCAAAUAUUGAGAAAAAUGAUGCACAGAAGGUCUUGGACUGGCGCAGCCCAUCAGUGGUGGCCUCUUCUGACUAUGAAGAAGAUGAUAUAAUCUCUGUGAAUCGCAUCGUUAAUAAACCCCCUGAGAAGAGACAACGAGCUCCAUCAGCUUAUAACUGCUUCAUUAAAGAAGAGAUCAAGAGGCUUAAGGCUGAGAAUCCAAGCAUGGCUCACAAGGAAGCUUUCAGUACUGCUGCCAAAAAUUGGGCUCAUCUCCCUUCGUUUCAGUUCAAAGGAGAUGGAGACUAUAGCCAGAGAGAGGAAAACAUGACAUGGGAAUCCAAGGUCACUGAGGUCCAUGAAGUUGGCAAAGGUUUUCGUGAAAGAAAAGGCCCCAAGAGAGUCCACAUGGGCGACGACAGUACCCUUUUAAAGUGAACAUGCAUGUCUGCAAAGAUAAAAAGAAAG